AUCGGACGUCGACCCAGCUACUACUACUACCACCAUUACUACUGCUACCUGCAACCCCCCGACUCGGCACUAAAGUAACUGGCGAAACACCCCAGCCAGCCAGCCACGAUCCGGCACGAACACGGCAUCAACAAACUACUUGGACACUGCCGAGACCACAGCGAAAGCCUUUCACUGCGGCGAACACGGAUCGGGAACGCCGGGUUCGAGCUAAAGUGAAUAACGAAUUUUCGGUCCCAGUCAUAGUUGCCACAUCAGUGCUGCCCCCUCACCCCCGUCAUCAUCGCCUUUGAAUUGGAAUGCUUGGUUGUUCAUGACCAUGAUCAGUGGCCAGCAGUCUUCAACAUCACCCUACCUUUGACGACAGAAUCCAGAAGGCAUCUCUAGCCCGCCGCCGCAGUCCAUCAUCUGUGGUGUCCCGCCCCCGCACAACUUACGAUCCCACAUCCUCUAGCCCUUCUACAUGCCUCCGCUGCUUGGAUCUCCUCUCCACAUGCCCAGCAUGACCGCAUCACCUCGAACCUCGAAAAACGACCUUCCCGCGCACACGCAGAUCCGCCAAUUCCACAAUGGCCCCACCCCCGCGCCCGCGUCCCUCGAUAUCUCGCCCCCCGCAAUACCAGUACCAGCACCAGAAUCCGCCUUCGCCGAAACACCUUCGCAGCCAGGUUCCGCCGGCUACUUUGGAUUCGUGGUGGACCCGAAUGACCCCGUGUACGGAACACACUCCAAGAAGAACUGGUCCCCGGCGAGCUCGUCGAUUCGGUCGGCGGCCGCUCGUUCUCCUCUGCCGGUCCAUAUGGACAACCCUUCCACACCCUUCCAGAUACAGACCGAAGCGUUGGCGCAAAAACUUCAGUUGCACCGGUCCUUGGGGUCGACGAGGACGAAGGAGCCCCUUCUGGGUGGUCACAAGGGGAGUUUCAGUGCCGUAUCGUCUUCCGGAAAGGAUGACGAUUACUUUUCCGCGAUUCGCACUACUUCACCGGUCAAAUUGGACGAUACCGGGAGUGACCAACCCUGGCCACCGAUAGCAUCUCCGGGCACGAUCCUCUCCCCCGGACUCGCGUCACCUACCCUCAAGCUUCCGAGUCGAGCCGUAGGCGCCCCGAGCCUAGCGAAGGAGAAGCCGGCAUUGAUUUCGGCGCGCCAUCUGUCCGAUUUGAUCUCGAGGUGCAGCACGGACGGUUUGCUACUGUUGGACGUCCGGACGUACAAGUCGUUCGCCAACGCUCGAGUGUUGACCGCUGUCAAUCUAUGUAUCCCGACGACCCUACUGAAGCGGCCUUCGUUCAAUGUGGCCAAGUUGUCCGACACCUUUGCCAACAGCCAGGAUAAGGAGAGAUUUGGCCGGUGGAAGCAGAUGAAGUACAUCGUGGUGUACGACGCGGAUUCCAAGGACGCCGACGACCCAUCCGCGCUUGCCGCUCUGCAUACGCUCAGCAAAUUUUCGAGGGAGGGCUGGGAUGGCCAAGCCUACAUCCUCAAAGGUGGGUUUGCUGCCUUCUCCCUGGCUUUCCCCGAAAAGGUCGAUUCGAAACAGCUGUCCAACACUCCCAGCGCACCUAAGGGUGGAUUGAGCCUGAAAGGAGCUCCUGGAAUGGACAAUAAGGGAGUCGUUGGCGGCGUGUUCAACUGUCCGUUGCCGGCCCAUCAACCGGCUGUAAAUCCUUUCUUUUCCAACAUCAGACAGAAUAUGGAUCUCAUCGACGGUGUUGGAGAAAUUCCCAUCCAGUUACCCACAACUAUGGGCAAUAAGAAUAUUUCCCAGUUGCCCGCGUGGCUCCAUGAAGUGGCGUGCAGAGAGGACGGCUCCAAGGUUGUUGCCGAUCGGUUCCUGAACAUCGAGAAAGCUGAGCAGCGUCGGAUGCAAGAGGCGCUGAACGUCUCGGUGGUAUAUGACUCGCCUACGUCGACGAGUAUCAAACCGCACACUUUAGCCGGCGUCGAAAAGGGGAGUAAGAACCGGUAUAAUAACAUUUGGCCGUAUGACCACUCGAGAGUCAAAUUGCAGGAAUACCCCGCUGAAGAGUGUGACUAUGUGAAUGCGAGCCACGUAUGUAUACCGCAUAGCCGGAAACGAUACAUUGCAUCACAAGCACCGCUUCCAAGCACAUUUAGGGAUUUCUGGUGUAUGGUUUGGGAGCAAGACGUGCGCGUAAUCGUCAUGCUGACGGCUGAAGAAGAGGGCGGACGUGUGAAGAGUCACAAAUACUGGGAGACGAAUGAGUAUGGUCCGCUGAAACUGACUCGCAUACAAGAGAGAAAGGUGUCCCUGGAACCCACUUCUCUCAAGACCACGCCUAAGAGGCGUUCGGUCUCGACAUCGAGCCAGCCAUCUCCUUCGGACUCAAGCAUACCCUACAUCAUAGUCCGGAAAUUUACUCUGGAGCACACGGGGUCGCCAUUUUCUCCUAUGCGUGAGAUUACCCAGCUGCAGUACUCUGCGUGGCCCGAUCUGGGGACACCCACCCACCCGUCGCAUGUUCUCGGGCUGGUUGAACAUACAAAUGCGGUGGUGCGAGCGUCCAUGUCUUCGGAAACCGCAGCCUCUCGGCGACCGGUGCUCGUGCACUGCAGCGCCGGCUGCGGUCGGACAGGAACGUUCUGCACCGUGGACUCCGUGAUUGCCAUGAUGAAACGCCAGCGUAUGAACCGGAAACGUCUGAUGCCGCAGCUUCAGCAACAGAGCACGGACGAUGGAUCUGACGGGGAUGGUGACAUGAAGAUGAAGCACCUAGGCUUGGAGGAUGAGGGAGACUGGAUCACUCGUGAGGAUGACGAUCUCAUCUUCAAGGCCGUCAGCGAACUACGAGACCAGAGAAUUUCCAUGGUACAAUGUCUACAGCAGUACGUGCUUUGCUACGAGACAGUUUUGGAAUGGCUCGCGAAGCAGGGCCCACUAGAUUCGGGGAAGAGAAAGGCUUGAAGUUUUAUUGGGAUUGUGGCUGUGUUUGUACAUUGAGGUUUUGGUUGUCUUUCCAUCCUAAUUCUUUACUUGUUUUUCCUAUACCCAUCGACCCGGGCUACUGUUGUAGAUGGGC